AAAAUUUGUCCUCGAUGAAAAAGGAGGAGAAAAUAGAAAUAUGGGAGAAGAUUAUUAUAAAUGGAGAAUUUUGUAGCGGAUUGGAUUGGGGUUUCGCUGUGAAAGAAGGAAAGGAAGGGAACAUAGAACUUGUGAACUUGAGACAGCGCACAACACAACAAAACACAAUUACAGCAGAAACAAACCUAAAUUUCCUUGAUAAUGAUUCAAGAACUCAUGAUAGAUUGACGCAUGGAUCCUGACAGCAAAAAAUUUGGUGGAGGGCCAAGAGAAUUGACAGGUGCUGUGGAUCUAUUAAAUCACUUCCAAUUACUCCCACAUUUUGAGUUUUUCUGCAAGAGGCCACUUCCUGUUUCAAUUUCAGAUGCACACUAUUUAUACAAUGUAGUAGGUGACAUAGAAAUCAGAAAAGGAGAUGGGAUGCAGUUGGAUCAACUUAUUCAAGAUACAUCUUUGUCCAGUGGUUCUAAUUAUCAUAUACAACCUUUGGACCUCGAUAUUCUAAAGGAGGCUUUUCAACUCAAGGAAACUGUUCCCAUUGAUUUGCCUGCUGCCGAGAAGGGGAUUCUGACUGUUGCAGGAAAAUCAAAAGGUGAAUCUAAAGAUGUGGAGAAGAAGCAUAAAAAACACAAAGACAGGGACAAAGAUAAGGACAAGGAGCAUAGGAAGCACAAGCAUCGUCAAAAAGAUCAAACCAAAGACAAAGAAAAGGAGAAAAAGAAAGACAAAAACAGGCAUCAUGAUUCUAGUGCUGAUCCUUCAAAGAAACACCAUGAGAAGAAAAGGAAGCAUGGUGGAGAUGAUGAUCUUAACGGUGUGCACAAACACAAAAAAGUAAGCAUUAGAGCUCAAAAAUUGAUGAAUUGGGGGCAAUAAAGGUUGCAGGCUAAAAUGGUUACAUAUUGUAGUUCUCUUUUCCUCAAAUGGUUGUUCUCAUUUGUUAAAGUUUGUGGAGGGGUCUGUCACUUGACAUUAUCAGAUUUCUUGAGGUUCUCAUUUCUGAUAAUUGCAUUAUGGAACUGGAAACGCGUAAAAGACAAUAGAAGACGCAAGUAAAUAAAUGUUUUGGAUUCUGGCAAUGGAAAACAAUGCUCGCCAAUCCUUAUAUCUUUAGUUUGUUUCAUGAUAAGCGUUGUUGAUAGUUGCAGUAUGCAUGAUGCCUUCUAAUUUUUUGCAGAGUAGCUAGUGAUCUGACUAAAUAGUAUCAUGAAGGUGAAUUCACCUGAUGAAGGAAAAGGAUCCAAGGUAAAAUUUGCUGAAAGUGAACCCUUCUUUUCUUUUUCUUUUGUAUAAUUAACACUCAUUUGAUAUAAUUUCCAGUAAUUUGCGACACUUCGGUCUUUCUUUCCCAGUUUUUUUGGCGCACUGGAUAACAAAACAUGUGUGCAUUUACUUUAAUCUUUGUAGAUUUUUCGGUCUAUAUAUAUUCGUAGUUUAAAUUAAAGAUAACAUCUUAUUUAGGAUGAUUGAAUUAAGUAUGCAGGUUGUGCACAUUGAUUACUUUCUCCUAUAUCUUGUACUAAGUAGCAUGCCUCGCCUUAAUAGUGUUUGAAGGCUUAGGCACCAAACAAACUCACCAUUUGGUUCGAACCAAUAUAUGUUGUAUGUUAAGAUAAAAUGUUCAGAGUUCUUCAAUUUUAAAUGAUUA